AUGUCUCCGGAAAUUCCUCCCGAAUUUGCCAAUCUCUCUCUCACACCUCUCUCCCCACCUCUUCCUCCUCUCCCACCUCCUCCCAUCCAAAUCAACCCUCAACCCAACUUUCUCACCAUCGUCGAGCACGCAGUCAUAAUGCAUUCUGAACGCAAGUGGAAAGUCGUCAACAUGGACCCCCGAGGUCCCCAGAAGAACAUCGCAUGGAAUAUCCCUCGCAGCAACAACUGGCUGGCCAGAGUCAGCAGCCCUCGCGCCAACACUGAGCUACUCAACAUGAUCCGUCCUGCACAAGGAACCACCAUGCGAGGCUAUGUGAGCACCUGGGAUGACGAUGUCAGCCUGUCCAUCAUAAUUUGCAAGAUCCGUGCCAAUGAGCAGGGAGAGAUUGAGUAUGUCCCCGGAGGUGUCAAGCCUGACAGAGAAGAAUACUUUAUUCAUUGGUUGGCUUCCGUUAUGGGUUUUGACGCGAUUUACAUGCCCAUUGGUUGCUGCGGAUGCCACUCGCUCGGGUUGACUUGA